AUGGGUAUCUUGCGCAAACGCACAUCAAAGGCCAACCUCAAGGCAAAGGAAGACCGCGCACCCACCCCUCCACCCCAGCUCCCCCCGCUCCCAGACCACAUCCGUCGCGCACAAGCAGCAAAGGCAGCAAGCAAUGCCGCCAAUGCACAAGCACAAAUCCCUGCUGCCAACCGCCGCAGGUCAAAAUCGCUGUGGGCAAACAGCGACGAGGCCCGUGACGCCGCUCGCGCAGUCACUCCCAUAAGCCGCCGUGGUUCCAUCGGGUCGACUGCCAGCGGAGCUGCCCAGCCGUGGAGGAGUCGUGAGGCGUGGCUCGCACUUCACGCCCCGCCCGAGCCACCCAGCAUCCUUUCUGCACUCACUUUCCCAUGUGCUCAGGAGGAACUGCCUCCAGGCUGGCGUGGACGCGGCGGCGGUGGGUUCUUUGGUGCAGAGGGCAUGAUGACCGAGUCCGAGAUGGUGCGCCGGGCCGACGCCGAACUCCGCAGUGAUAUCAAAAAGGACGCCCCGUACUCGCCCCGCCGAACACCAGGAUCGCCCCGUUCGGCUCGUCGCGUCUUUGCAGCGCAGCAACAGGAACCCCCCGUUAGCAACAUUACCCCGCGUCGCCUCGACUUUGAGCAGGCAGCAACCACACCAAGGACAGCAGGCGGUCUAGGUCUUUCAUCUGCAUCAGACUCGGCGUCCACUGGCUCUACAGGAUCCGGAUCACCACCUUCCUUUAUCUCGCUCGCACCUUCCUCGACCGCCGCCGUCCCCAUUACUCCUCGCCCCCGCCGCACCCAAGAAGAUGCGAACACUCACACUCCUCCCGAGACAGUGGCGUCUCCAGGCACUCCGAAUGUGCUCAUGACCCCCAACGCGGCUGUCGUUCCCACUCUUGCCGAUGCACGCAACAUGUGGGGUGCGCAGGCCCAGCCUCGUGCUGCGUCACCCUUGCAGCGCGCAGGACAGCUCGUCCACCUCGGGAUCCGCUACUGGAUCUGUCGCAACGGCCAACUCAGCGACGACGGACAUGGUCGCGUCGAGCGCGUCAUGGAGCACCGCGCCAGUCUCCCGACCGACCGUGGUGCCGGCGACGUUGCUGGCCGCGACCGUGCGGCCGAGGUGAUUGACUUUACCCGCUCUCCUCCUGUGGCCGGAGCCCACCACCAUGCUGCGCCAGUGAGCAGGAUCCCUCAGCCAGUCCGCCAGGCAUCGCUCCCGCAGCAGCAGCAGUCUGCCGCACACCAGUUCCCGGCGCCUCCUCCUUCGGCAAUGGUCCUGCCGUCCCAGCAAAACCUCGGUGGCAGCCGCCCACCUUCGCGUAACACUUCCAACGGCUCGCAGCGUCCUUCUUCUCGCCAGGCCGUCGACCGCCCUCCCUCGCGCCAGGCUGCUGCCGAGCAGCGCGCGCCUUCUCGUCAGGCGUCGUACGGCGACCGUUCUGCUGCUUCCCGUCCUGCGUCGCGCCAGCAGUUUAUGGACCGUCUCGACCGCCCUCCGUCGCGCGGUGCCUCGUCUACGGGCCACUCGGCAGACGGCCGCCACGUCCCGCACACUCCCGCUGCCAUCGCCGACGCCGUCACUGCCUGGCGCCAGAGGAGCAAGCGCGAGGCCAACGAGGAGCCAUUCAUGCCUGGUCCCGGUGCGUCGCGCUCACGGACACCAAGCAACGCCGAGCAGUUUAUGCCUGGACCUGGCCACGGACACGGGUACGAGCCUCCUCGCAAGGAGAUUCCGCGCGACUGGCCGACCGAGGAGCUCGAGCACGACCCGUUCGCGCCCGUCUCGCACCACGGCUCGCAGCACGGACACGCCUGGGAGGCCGCCUACGACUAUGAGGACGAGGAGGACGACUUCCGUCCGCCUACGCGUCUCCCGCAGAUGGGCAUGCCCGUUCAGCAGCAGCACCACCUUCCCCAGCAGCAGCACCACUACCAGCCCCAGCAGCACCACGCCCACGGCCACCACGGCCAGCACAACAUGGCGCACAUGCAGCACAUGCAGCAUGUGCAGCACGUGCCGCGCCAGAUGCAGAUGCAGCAUGCCCAGCCCCAGCCCAUGCACGGCGGCUACCAGGCCCACACCCAGCAGGCACACGUCCCCCACGGCGUCCCCGGCGGCAUCAUGCAGAUGGCUCCCGGUGUCCCCAUGGGUAAGGUGCCCAUGCAGGUGCCGCAAAUGCAAAAGUCGCCUCGCGUGCAGCAGAGCGUCGCGCAGGGCGGGUGGAUCUGA